CGGGGGGCGGCGGGCUGGGCUUGGGCGCACUCCGUGGCGCGCUGCGCUCCGGGUGCACGGACGAGCCGGCCGUGGCCGGGACUCCGACUCCGCUUCAGCUUCUCUGCUCUGCAGCGGUCUCGCCUCCCGCCCUGUUCGUCUCGGAUUCCGACCCCAGCCUCCUGGCUCCGACCCCUGCCCCGCGGACCAUGCACGGGGCGCCCCCCGGAAAACCGGGCUGGGCCGAUUGCCGGCAAAGACGAGGUUCCCGGGCCGGGGCUCCACCCGGACGCCCAGCUUGCAGCCGGCGCCCUGUUCCGCGCCCCGGCGCCGCGUGAGCCUGCGGGGCCAUGGAGCGCGCGCCGCCCGACGGGCUGGUGAACGCGUCGGGGGCGCUGGCGGGAGAGGCGGCGGCGGCUGCGGGCGGGGCGCGCAGCUUCUCCGCCGCCUGGACCGCGGUGCUGGCCGCGCUCAUGGCGCUGCUCAUCGUGGCCACGGUGCUAGGCAACGCGCUGGUCAUGCUCGCCUUCGUGGCCGACUCGAGCCUCCGCACCCAGAACAACUUCUUUCUGCUCAACCUCGCCAUCUCCGACUUCCUCGGGCCUUCUGCAUCCCACUGUAUGUGCCCUAUGUGCUGACUGGCCGCUGGACCUUCGGCCGGGGCCUCUGCAAGCUGUGGCUGGUGGUGGACUACCUGCUGUGCACCUCUUCGGUCUUCAAUAUUGUGCUUAUCAGCUAUGACCGCUUCCUGUCUGUCACCAGAGCGGUGUCCUACCGGGCCCAGCAGGGCGACACGCGGCGGGCGGUGCGGAAGAUGGUGCUGGUGUGGGUGCUGGCCUUCCUGCUGUACGGGCCCGCCAUCCUGAGCUGGGAGUACCUGUCCGGGGGCAGCUCUAUCCCCGAAGGCCACUGCUAUGCUGAGUUCUUCUACAACUGGUACUUCCUCAUCACAGCCUCCACCCUGGAGUUCUUCACGCCCUUCCUCAGCGUCACGUUCUUCAAUCUCAGCAUCUACCUGAACAUCCAGCGGCGCACCCGCCUUCGCCUAGACGGAGGAGCCCGUGAGGCUGGCCCAGACCCCCUGCCAGAGGCCCAGUCCUCCCCGCCCCAACCACCCCCCGGCUGCUGGGGCUGCUGGCCGAAAGGGCAAGGGGAGUCCAUGCCACUGCACAGGUACGGGGUGGGCGAGGCCGGCCCUGGCGCUGAGGCUGGAGAGGCAGCCCUCGGGGGUGGCAGCGGCGCGGCAGCCUCACCUACCUCCAGCUCCGGCAGCUCCUCGAGGGGCACGGAGAGGCCACGCUCCCUCAAGAGGGGCUCCAAGCCCUCCGCAUCCUCGGCAUCUCUGGAGAAGCGCAUGAAGAUGGUUUCCCAGAGCAUCACUCAGCGCUUCCGCCUGUCACGGGACAAGAAGGUGGCCAAGUCGUUGGCCAUCAUUGUGAGCAUCUUUGGGCUCUGCUGGGCCCCAUACACCCUGCUGAUGAUCAUCCGAGCGGCCUGCCAUGGCCACUGUGUCCCUGACUACUGGUACGAGACAUCCUUCUGGCUUCUGUGGGCUAACUCGGCUGUCAACCCUGUCCUCUACCCGCUGUGCCACUACAGCUUCCGCCGAGCCUUCACCAAGCUGCUCUGCCCACAGAAGCUCAAGGUCCAGCCCCACGGCUCUCUGGAGCAGUGCUGGAAGUGAGCACGGCCGCCCCACGGCCCCCAGGUGUGAGCUGCACGUUGCCUGUGGCCCACCCUGGAUGCCACGGCAGCUGCUCUUUGACCAUUCGGCCUGCAUCUCGGGCAGCCUGGUGGGCUGACUGGGGCCCUCGCUAGCUGAACUGCAGUGUGGGUGGUGGGCUGUGCCUCUCAGACCCGGCUUCUAUCCCAGAGGGACAACCCACGAGUCCCAGGCAUGUUGUCCACCCCCACGGACAGUGCAGUGCCCAGUGGUGUCCAUCUUUUGCACACUUAGUGGUUGGUGUUCUCACAGUUGUUGUGUGCUCCAGGCUCCCGACCCGGCAGUGUGCUUCUGCACGUGCGCACACCCGUGCACCUCCAUGGCUCCAACGAGCCCGGACGCUGCUGUCGCUGCUGCCUGUAACUUGCUUAAGCCCAGGGCCCAGCUUUAUCCCUCUUCCCUCCGACUCACUGCCCCACCAAGUGCCAAGUGCCCAGGAAUCUUGGGGCCGUUUCCCACUCUUCCAUUCUGAGUGUUCUCAGGAAGACAAAGAAGAAGAAAACACGUCUGUGAGUCUGAUGUUCCUUGGGUGUUUAAUCAAGAGAGACAAAAUUGCUGAGGUGCUCAGGGCUGGAUUGGCAGGUGUGGGCUCCCACGCCCUCCUCCCUCUGUGCUGCGGCUUCUCGUUGAGCUGUGCCAGCUGCUUCUGCCCGCCCUGCCCCCUGGCUUGGGACAGUGGGGUGGUCCUACUGGCCGUUCCUGAGCGUGGCCAGAGCCAUACGAUGCCUGCUCAGAUGGCCCAGCCUGUCCCACCAGCCCCAUCGCUUGGGCGCUAUUGGGUAGGAAGGGACCUGGCCGUGUCUCAGGCUGCUGAGCCUUGCACAGGGGCUGUCAGCGGGAGAUCAGGUGAGGGAAUGCCCCGGAACACUUUGCCAUGUCCUGUACACCCACCGCAGGUGCUCCGCAUGCUCCGCUGCUGCCCUUGCCAACGUGAAGUCACAAUAAAGUGUAUUUUUUUUUUU